AUGAACACUCUCGGGCCGAAGGGCGUUCCCGGAGGCUACAAGCACUUCACCCUGCCGCUGGAGGACUACGAGCCGCGCCCCACGGAGCACUGCUACAUCAACGCCUCCACUCGAGGCGACCUGUCCAGUCUGAAGUGGUUCGAGUCGCAGCACAAGCACUGGCCGGUGAACUCGCGCCCCAACCAAAUACUCUGCCACGUCUACUACUCGGCGCUGAACUUUCGCGACAUUAUGCUGGCCACGGGCAAGCUGCCGCCGGAUGCGCUGCCCGCCGAGAUUGGUCUCGACGACUGCGUCCUCGGCCUGGAGUUCGCCGGUCGCGACCAGAAUGGCAACAGGGUGAUGGGCAUGCUGGCGGCGAAGGGCCUGGCCACGACGCUCAUCAUGGAGCACCAGAAUUUCCUGUGGCCAGUGCCGCCGCACUGGAGCAUGGAGGAGGCGGCGACGGUGCCGGUGGCCUACGCCACCGCCUACUACGCCCUCCUCAUUCGCGGCAAGAUGCAGCCCGGCGAGGCGGUGCUCAUCCACUCGGGCAGCGGGGCCGUCGGCCAGGCGGCCAUCGCCAUUGCCGUCGACAUGAACUGCCGCCUCUUCAUCACCGUCGGCUCCGAUGAGAAACGGGACAUUCUCAUGCAGAUCUUCCCCUCGCUGAAGGCGAACCAGUUUGCCAGCUCGCGAAGCAUCGAGUUUUCGCGGAAGAUUCUCCAGGAGACCAAUGGACGAGGCGUCGAUCUGGUGCUGAACUCACUCGCAGAGGAGAAGCUCCAAGAGAGUGUCAACUGUCUGGCGGAGUUUGGCCGCUUCCUCGAGAUUGGCAAGUACGAUCUGUCGCAGAACACUGAUCUAGAUCUGUCCAAGAUUAUGGCAAACAAGACCUUCCACGGCAUUCUGCUGGACAACUUGCUGAACUUUGGACCCGAGACGCCACAGCAUAUCAACAAUCAUCGUGCUCUGAUUUGGAAGCUGAUGCGUGGCGGCAUUGAGAAGGGCGUCGUCCGCCCGCUGGAUCGAACCAUCUUUUCGGUGGACCAGGCCGAGGAGGCCUUCCGCUACAUGGCCAAUGGAAAGCACAUCGGCAAGGUGCUGGUCUGCAUUCGACCGGAGGAGAAGGUCGACGAGAAGGGCGUCGUGAACGUCGCCACGGAGCUGAAGCUGCCGGCCAUUCCGCGUACGGUCUUCCUCUCCACCAAGUCCUACAUCAUCACCGGCGGCCUGGGCGGCUUUGGCCUGGAGCUCAUCAACUGGAUGGUGGAACGAGAGGCGAGGAACUUUGUGGUCACCUCUCGCAGCGGCGUCAAGGACCUCUACCAGAAGACCCGUCUGGAGCACUUUGCCCGCCUGGGCGCCAAAGUGAAGAUCUUCACCGGUGACGCCUCUGUUGAGAGCGGCGCCGAUGAGCUGGUGAAGGAGGCGGAGUCGCUGGCCCCACUGGGCGGCGUCUUCCACCUGGCCAUGGUGCUCAGUGACGGCCUCUUCGACAACCAGACGGUGGCCUCCUUUGAGGCGGCGGUCAAGCCGAAGGCAGACACCUUCACGCACCUGGAUCGCAUCACCCGAAAGCGUUGCACGCAGGUGGACUACUUUGUCGCCUUCUCCUCGGUCAGCUGCGGCGUGGGCAACCCUGGGCAGACUAACUACGGCUUUGCCAACUCGGUCAUGGAGCGAAUCUGCGAACAGCGACGACGACAGGGCCUGCACGGCUUUGCCAUUCAGUGGGGCGCUAUCGGCGACGUCGGCUACAUCAUCGACAACAUUCGCGGCAAUGAGGUGGUCAUCUGCGGCUCCAUUCCCCAGCGAAUGCCCUCCUGUCUGGCCGCCCUGGACCGUCUCCUCCAAUCGCCCUUUUCCGUGUGCUCCAAUCUAAUCAAGAUGGACUACAAGUUUGAGUCCUGCGGCAAGAGCAGCCUGAUCAAGACCGUUGCUCACAUUCUCGGCAUCAAGGACUACGAGACGCUGGAGGCAAAACUGACGCUGGGCGAGCUGGGCAUGGACUCGCUGAUGGGCGUCGAGGUGAAGCAGGCCAUUGAGCGCGACUACGACGUGGUGCUCUCCAUGGGCGACGUUCGUAAGCUGACCAUCGGCAAGAUUCGGGAGAUUGGCGCCGGCCAGGCGAAGAACAGCCCCAACUCUGCCGACCCGUCGGCCACCGGAGAGGGCGAUCGCCCCGAGACGUCCAUCGACGAGACGCUGAUGCCCAGCGCGGCGGUCACCUAUCUGAAUGACAUCGUCAACGGCGACCCGAUCAUCUUCCUGCCGCAGAUUGACGCCACCUACGAGCAGAUGCUGCCGCUCGCCGCGAAGCUCAACCGCCCGGCGAUUGGCCUCAACUGGACCAAGGAGUGCAAGGACCUGAAGACGGUGCACAGCACGGCCGCCCACUUCAUUGAGGUGAUUGAGCGAACGUUGCCGCACCUGGAGAGCAACUACGACCUGCUGGGCUACUCAUUCGGCGGCAUCAUCGCCAUCGAGAUGAACAUUCAGCUGCACAACCGUCCGCCGGCGGGCCGACUGGGUCCUUCUCGAAAGUUGAUCCUCCUCGACUCCUCGCCGAAGCAGUUUAAGUUCUUCACUGAAGAGGCGGUGCAAAAGUUCAAAAUUUAUGACAAAACCAAUGACCAGGCCUUUGUUGAGACGAUUCUCAUGUUUCUACUGGCAAAGUUGCCCAUCGACUACGCCAAGAUUAAGGAGACUCUCCUCAGCCUGGAGGACACUGCAAAGCGAAUCGAGUUUGUCCGGGACCUCUUCAAGCAGAUGCAGGGCGUGGACAUUCAGUCGGAGACGCUGGAGUUUCUCAUUCAGAGCCACUACAACAAGAUGGCCAUGAUAAAUCAGUACGAGUGUCAGGAGAAGUCGCUGCCCGGCGAUGUGAUGCUCAUCCGAGCGUCAAAGUCUCUGGUGGUGCAGACUUCGGGCAUUGUCAAUGAGGACUACUGGCUGAGCGAG